GCAUUACAAGCAGUAAAUAGUGCAGUUUAUUUUUAGAAAUAAUAGUUUGAAUCAUUGUAUAUUAUUAUAGGCACAAGAAGAAUUACGUUGUGAGUCACAGGUGCAUGUCAAACGUGAAGUAACAUUAAAUAGAUUACAAGAACAAUUAAAAUUGAGAGUAAAUAUUUCUGAGAUUAUUCGAUAUAUUUUCGCAAUUUUUAUUGAAUUUUUGUAGGAAGAUGAACUUAAUCGUAUGAGAACUGCACUUGAUGAAUCAAAUCAUUAUCGAGAACAACAACAAGAAAUUGUAGCACAAUUAGAAAUGAAAUUAACAAAUGAAUCAAAAAAUCAACAAUCUCGACGAACAGUCGAUGUGUUAAAUGUUGAUGGUGGUAAUGUUACAUUUCCAGAUCGAACAAAAUCAGCGCCACAUUUUGGUGGUGUCUAUAGAAAAGAUACCUCGUUGAUUCAACCACGAACAAUUCAUUCGAGUCCAGCUGCAUUUGACAUGGAAUACGUUGUAGAGAGAUUUCAUGGACGCUCAAUUGCAUUAGCACAUUCACAAGAAGAAUUCGAAGAACUAGAUUUGAGAGAUGAUAAACAACAAAAAGAAGAUAAAAAAUUUGUACGCCGUGGUACCUAUCGUGUAAGAAAAAGUCGAAAUACACCAUCAGUUCUCGAUUAUGAUUUUCAAGGUGAUGCUUUACAAUCACUUACACAAGCAUCAAUAACAAAACAAAAGUUAAUCGAAGAAUCAAACAGAAAAGUAAAAGAAGGAGAGAGUAAAAUUCAAGAUUUAAGCAUUAACAUUCAAUUAAAAGAACAAUUAAUUAAAAGUGUUUAUGCUUCGAAUAAAGAUGUCAAAGAUACAAAUGAACAGUAUGAACAACAUAUUAAAAUGUUGGAAAAGGAAGUGGAACGAGCCAACCAAGAGUAUAAUGAUUUACAAAAGACCAUGCAACAGAUAGCUGUGAAAGGUACAACAGAAAAAUCAAAAUUAGAAAGUGAAUAUCGAAAAAAAUGUGACAUGGCCAAAGAACGUUUAGAAUCAUUGAAAAAAAAAGAAAAACAUUAUCGAGAAUUAAUGAUAAAAUUGAAUGGUAACAGUGAAAAGAGAAUUGCUGAUUUACAAUCAGCUCUAUUUCGUAUGAAACAACAACAUGAAACAGCACAAAAACGUGUCAAAGAAGAAAUUGAUUUGAAAAAUAAAGUUGAACAAGAACUUAUACGUGAACAACAGCGUAUACAAGAGUUAACAAUACAAAAUGAACAACAACAAAAAAUUUUAAAAUUAAAAACUGAAGGUUUAGUAGCGGCACAACGAAGAUUAAGAUCUGCUCAAGGUGCUGGUAAUGGUAGUGAUCAGCAACAAUCGCCUACGUUAAAUUUUGAUCAAGAAAUGGAAAAACUAGUUUUUGAAAGAAAAGAAUUAAAUACGUUAAAAGAAGAGUUAGAAAAACGUGAGGAAUUGAUUAGAAAAAAAGAAACAUUAAUAAAUGAACAAAUAGAAUUGGAAAAGAAAAAGAUGCGAACUAGUCAGGUGCUUAACAAGAGUUUGAAAACUAUGAAUGAAAAAUUAGAUAAUGUUGAUAAACAAAUUCAUCAGUCAGUAAACUUACGUGAUAAAGAAAAACAAUCAAGUCAUUUAUUGAUGAAAGAACAAUUGUUAAAACAAAAACAUUUAUUUAAUGAGCGAUUAGAAAAUAAUAAUAUAUUAACACCAAAUGAAGAACGACGAUUAAUUGAAAUUAAUGAAGCAAUUGAAGCUGUUGAUUUAGCUGUCGAAUAUCAAAAUAAUAUUAUUAGUCGAAAAGAAAAAGAAAUUCAACAAUCAAUAAGAGCAAGUCAAGGUCUUGAAUCUCCAUUGUUUAAAAUAAAUCAUUUGAGUGAAAGUGAAUCAAAAGAAUUAUGUCGACAAUUAUUCGAAAAAGUUAUCGAUUUAAAAGAUAACGAUCAAAAGAGUCAACGAGAGUUUGAUGAAAUGAAAUCUCAAUUAGAUGAACAAACUCAGAUUAUUCUUGAAUUAAAGUCUCGCAUUAAUCAAGAAACAAUUGAAUACGAUCGAAAAUUAACGUGUAUUCAACAAAUAAAUGAAGAAGAAAAACAUUUAUUACUAAAACAAUUAAACGACACAUCGAUACAAAUUAAAGAAUUAGAAAAAGAUCUUUACUUUUAUAAACAUAAAACAAGAGAAUUACGAAAAAGUAUGGCAACAUUAACAAAUUCAGCAACAACAAUUCAAGACUCAUUAAAUACUUCAUUUCGUCAACAAAUUAAUCAAAAUGUUGCACCGUAA